AUGGGUCGAAGAGGUAGCACAGCCUACUCGGUGGUUAUAGCUAUCUGUAUAAGUUGUCUGGCCCUGGUUCCGUUCACGUUCUUCUUGAUUAACUCACUUGCACCAACCCAUAUUCCCACAAUCUCGUUGGCGAAAAUCACAGGAAAAGUCGUUGAUCCUUCCACUAGUGAAGUUGUACAAGUGGUGGUCAAAGUAGGUCCAAGUGGUGGAUGUAUCUGGACCAAUAUAACGAACGACGAUGAUUCAAGAUGUAUUUCACAUAUACCAUUCAAACCCACAUCAGAACAACUUCAUCUGGAAGGACAACAUAAUGAAAAUAUCACUUCAUGUUUUCCUGUGGCGUUAGGAAAGGCACUAGCUUUGAAUCAUGUCGUGACUGCUUUGAUGGGUAUAAGUAUCUUAGCUGUUCUAGUUGAUCUGAUGGUUCUUGAAGGAGGUGCAAGCUUAGCCAUAAUACAUUUUACAGUUCUCUUCAUGUGGUUGACAUUCAUUCUUGAGACAGUAUAUAUAAGUCUACUUCACAAGAGGUUAGAAGAUCAUGAUACGGAAUGGGAAUAUCAAGUUGGUCAAGGCUAUUGGAUGAUUUUAGCUGCUACAUUGCUGAUAUCGUCAUUCUCCUGUGGUGGAAAUUCUUCGUUUGAGAUGUGA